CCCUUAUAUAUCAUACUUAACAUGGCCGCUUUCAUAAUAAUUUCGCAUUUGACUUGUCUGUAGCGUGUUGUGUUCUUUUUGCUACGUUUCUUAACCCGUAUUUCGCUUAAACUUGCUCGGAUGAAAGCUCUACAGAAUGCCCAAAUAUUACGAGGAUAAAGAGGAAGAUGGCCGCGCCUGCUCUGGAGUGAGAGAAGAUUUCAAAGCCUGUCUCCUUCAGCAUGACUGUGUAAUGAAGGAGGGUAAGAAGCCCAGUGAGUGUCUGAAGGAAGGACAUUGCAAAGGCUUGCAAGUGGCUUUCUUUGAGUGCAAGAGAUCCAUGCUGGACACCCGAUCGCGAUUCCGAGGCAGAAAGGGAUACUGAAUAACACCUGCAAUGUGAAUAACAUGUUUUGUGUCAAGAUGCCAAGACAUGCUCUCAAAUGUGUAAAUAUUAUGCUUUUUAAGCAAAUUUGUCUUGUGAAAAUAGUUGUCAUUGACUCAUGAUGCAACUCAUAAAAAACAUUAACUCCAUCAACACCAGAAAUCAUAAAAUAAAACAGAUUUCCAGUUCUGAA